UUAUUUCACUGACGAUUCGACAAUACGUGGAGAGAGAACGGCGAAUUUCAAACUCAUAAUUUUAAGUUAAACUCAUCUCAAAAGACUGAAAAAUGGUCACAAAGUAUUUAUUAACGAUUUUCGCGAUCGCCAUCAGCGGGACGUACGCUGAAAGUUGUCAGAACCCGAGGGUUGAAGCGAAUUCGUUUACAACUCUGGAUGCCACCGUGGUCACACAAAUAGCUUAUAUUACCGAAUUUACACUGAAAUGUGAUAACCCCUUGCCAGCAAACUACGCGCUGUAUGCCGAGGUAGAGGGAAGACCCUUGACGGCGGCGCGCGUCGGUGAAAACAAAUACCAGGUGUCAUGGACGGAGGAGCCAGCCAAGGCGCGCUCCGGUGUGCACGAGAUCCACAUCAUGGAUGAGGAGGGCUGGGCGUCGCUCCGCAGGGCUCGCCGCGCCGACCCGGCAGCCGCAGUUGCUCCACUCUUAGCUAUUCAGUUGCAGCACCCGGGCAGUUACUCUGGCCCGUGGGUGAACUCCGAGGUGCUGGCCACAGCGCUCUCCGUCAUCGUCGCCUACACAGCACUCAGAAACAAGAGCAAGAUCCUAGCUUAGAUUCUAUCAAUAGUUGUUAUUAAUAUAUUUUAAAUUAAAUUUUUUAUUUAAUA